AUGGCGUCUCUAUUGGGCGCAGGCUACGACUCGAGCGACGAUGACGCCACCGUGCUCAACCCUUCAGUAACGACCGCAACCAAGAUCGUUGCUGCACCAGAGGUCAAUACAGAGGACCAAGCGCAUAUGCAGAUGACCCUCGCCAACACCUCGUCGCAAGCCCUCACCUACAACGCCACAUACGAUGAUCUAACGCGGCCCUCGCAGGGUCCCGCAAACCCUUUCAAACCAGCAGGCCCCGGAAAUGGAGUCAAGCGGAAGAAUGUUCCGACCGGAUUCGCAGAGGAGGCAGCCAUCAGCGAGGCGACGUUCGCCGCGCAACAUCGCACGUUCCAGAGUCUGGGAUAUACCCGUAAUCCAACCUUGCCGGACCAGUUCGUUGGAAAUAUGGACAAAGUCGCGCAGUUUGGAGGACGGGAUGUCGUGCAGAUGAAGCCUACCAAGGAGGCGUCUGCUGCAUGGCGUGCAAAGCGACAAAAGAAGGGUGACUCCAGUAUCGUGGAGGGCGAUGGCGCGUACCUGGGACCUUGGGCGAAAUAUCAGAAUGAGCAGCAAUACGAGGAAAUCGAGGUCGGUUCGGGUGAAGAGCGCGAGCUUGCAAGUGAUGAGGAAUGGGCGGAGGAGGAUGAGACUUUGGCUCCCGCGGCGCCCAUGCCGGCCAUGAGCAAGGAAGCUACCGAGUACCAGGGGGAUACAUCAAAGGUGGAGACGACCGAGUUCCACGGCUCCGAGCAGUUCGACUACCAGGGCCGGACAUAUAUGCAUGUUCCUCAAGACCUGGAUAUCGACCUGCGCAAGGAAGUGGGCAGUAUCAAGAACUACGUGCCCAAGAAGCUGGUACAAACUUGGAAGUCUCACACCAAGCCUAUUACUUCGCUUCGCUUCUUCCCUACGUCCGGUCACUUGCUGCUUUCGUCUGCCGCGGACGGAAAGGCUAAGAUCUGGGAUGUGUAUCAUUCUCGGGAGUUGCUUCGCACGUUCUCUGGUCAUUCCAAGGCCAUCACCGACACGGAUUUCGAUCCUACCGGAAAGACUUUCCUGACUGGUUCCUACGACCGACAAAUCAAGCUCUGGGAUACGGAAUACGGAAAGUGUCUGGGACGGUUCUCCACCGGUAAGACACCGCACGUCGUGCGCUUCAACCCCGGUGCGGAACACGGGCACGAGUUCCUGGCUGGUAUGUCGGACAAGAAGAUUGUUCAAUUCGACACACGAUCUGGCGAGUUGGUCCAAGAAUACGACCACCACCUGGCAGCCAUCAACACUAUCACCUUUGUCGACGAUAACCGACGCUUCAUCUCGACAUCAGACGACAAGUCGCUACGCGCUUGGGAGUAUGGUAUCCCCGUUCCUAUCAAGUUCAUCGCCGAGCCCUACAUGUUCGCUCUCACGCGCGCCACUCCCCAUCCCAACGGCAAGUACGUCGCCUUCCAGUCCGGCGAUAACCAGAUCGUGGUCUACGGCGCCACGGACAAGUUCCGACAGAACCGCAAGAAGAGCUUCCGCGGACAUAAUAACGCCGGAUACGGAAUUGACAUUAAAAUCUCGCCCGAUGGUCAAUUCCUCGUCUCCGGUGACAGUGGCGGCUACGUUUGCUUCUGGGACUGGAAGACUGGCAAGAUGUAUCAUAAGAUUUUGGCGGGUGGAAAGGAGGGUGGUGCUAUCACAUGUCUGGACUGGCAUCCACAGGAGACGAGUAAGGUUGUUACGGGUGGUUUGGAGGGCGUUAUCAAGUACUGGGAUUAA